CAUCGACGCGUGUCGCGCCGCUGUGCUGCCAGCUCGCUGCAGCGAUGCUGCGCCUCGCGGUCGGAAUCGCCGCCGCGCUGAGCUCGCCGCUCGCACAUGCCGAAACGACGACGCGCGCGCCGCCCGAGGAGAGCGCUGGCUCGCUGCGAUCGAAAGCUGACGAGGCGCUCAUCAGCGGGCGGACCGACGAGGCGCUGAGCCUGCUGGGCAAGGCCAUCGGCCUCGAGCCCCUCAACGAGCGGAAUCUGUACAAGCGCGCGCGCGUCUACCUGCGCGCGAAGCGCAUCGCGGACGCCAUCGGCGACCUCGGCGCCGCGUUAAAGCUCGCGCCCGAGUACGAGGCGGCGCUGGCGUCGCGCGCCAAGGCGCUCGCGUCCGUGGGCCGCUGCGCCGAGGCCGGCGAGGACUGGAAGGUCGCGCGGCUCGUGGCGAAGAAGGACGCCGCGAAGCGCGACGCGGACGCGGGCGCGGCGGCGGCGGCCGCGUGCGUCAAAGAGCUCGCCGACGCCGCGAGGGCGCGGAAACGGGGCGACCGGCGCCUCGAGCUCGAGCACCUCAACGUCGUCCUGGAGACCUACGCCGACGCGCAGCCCGCGGCGCUCCUGCUCGACCGCGCGCGCGCGCACGCGGCGAACGGCGACUGGUACCCGCUGCGCUACGAGUGCGAGGGCUGCGGGAAGCACCAGCGCAUCGGCCAUCCGAUGUGGCGCUACCAGGCGAGUCCGACGGAAUUCGGCACGACGACGUGGGCGUGCCACCGCCUCUGCCGCCGGCAGACGAACUGGAGGCUCAUCGCGGAGGACGUCCGCCGCGUUCCCGACGGCGACGCGCCCGAGUCGUGGGGGCGCAGGGACGAGUGGCUCCGGAGCGUCCGCGAGUACCGCCUGCGCCGCCUCGCGGAGGGCCCGCCGGAGCCCGACGAGGGCCGCCGCUGUACCCUGAGUUAA